AUAUACCAAAACCAAUAAUUAGUAUUCAAGAAACUUUAAAAGAAAAUAAAGAAGAUAUAACUAAAGAAGAUAAAAAUCCUUUUAUUUUUCAAGAAGAAUAUAAUAAACUGAUUUUUAAUCUAUGGAUAAAUAAUUAUAAGAAUAAUACUUCUUCUCUAGAUUGUUUUCUUAAGUCUUUUUCUUGUUUCUUACAACCUUUUUUAGAAAAACAAGAAGAUAAACAACUACCUCCAAUUAUAUAUAAUAGUUUUUCAUGGAGAUUAAAUCUAAACAAGAAAUUAAAAAGAAGAAAACAACGAAGAAAAAUUAAUUUAUCUAGAGUAAAACAGAUGAUUAAAUCUGUUGAACUUAUUUUUUCUUUUGUUUUUACUAUUUCAACUUGUUUACAAAAACUCUAUUCUACCUUGAUUCAAAUAUACAACUCUCUUCUUAAUAGAAAAUUAUCUCAAAAAUUAGAAAAGAAAUUAGCUAAACACAUAGAAUCAUGUAAACAAUUACAACUUAGUGGAGCUAUAAUUAUACAAUAA